CAAUUUUGACAUUCUCUGUCGCCACUCUGUAUAUAGUCACUCUAUAAAUGACAUGUAAAAAUUAUCGAUAGUAUCGGUAACUCUCGAUCUCGACCCGUACUUUCUUGAUUAUUCGAUUUUUCCAAUUUUGCUUGUAAUCGUCAUCGUCAAUACGAUUGAGCAUUGAGCCGAAACCGUCUAUCCGUGCACCGUGCCCCGUGCAUUAAAAGCAGAAUACGAGUUAGUAAUUUUACAUAUAAAAUUAAUCAAAAUGCCUGAUCAUUUAGGAGAUGAUAUGCGGAAAGUGAAAUCCGAUGGAAAGGAAGCCGAACCAGAAAUUGAAGCAUUGGACGAUGUGGAUAUCGAGUUAUUGAAAACCUAUGGUCAAGGCCAAUAUCAUAAGGCAAUAAAGCAGAUUGAUGAAGACAUUCAAAAGGCUAUCAAACAGGUUAAUGAGUUAACUGGAAUUAAAGAAAGUGACACUGGUUUGGCUCCUCCUGCUCUUUGGGAUCUUGCAGCUGAUAAACAAAUUUUGCAGAAUGAGCAACCAUUGCAAGUUGCAAGAUGUACCAAAAUUAUUAACGCCGAUUCUGAUGACCCAAAAUAUAUCAUUAAUGUUAAACAAUUUGCUAAAUUCGUCGUUGACUUAGCCGACUCCGUUGCGCCAACCGAUAUUGAAGAAGGAAUGCGUGUCGGGGUUGACCGCAAUAAAUAUCAGAUUCACAUACCUCUUCCACCAAAAAUAGAUCCAACAGUGACAAUGAUGCAAGUUGAAGAAAAACCUGACGUGACAUACAGUGAUGUAGGAGGAUGCAAGGAACAAAUAGAAAAAUUACGUGAAGUUGUUGAGACUCCACUGUUACAUCCGGAAAAGUUCGUGAACCUUGGUAUUGAACCACCUAAGGGCGUCUUACUUUUUGGCCCUCCUGGUACUGGAAAGACAUUGUGUGCUAGAGCAGUGGCGAAUCGUACCGAUGCCUGUUUCAUUCGUGUUAUUGGAUCGGAAUUGGUCCAAAAAUAUGUCGGAGAAGGAGCGCGCAUGGUGCGUGAGUUAUUUGAAAUGGCUCGGUCAAAGAAAGCUUGUCUGAUUUUCUUUGAUGAGAUCGACGCUAUUGGAGGUGCUCGCUUUGAUGAUGGUGCUGGGGGUGACAAUGAAGUACAAAGAACCAUGUUGGAACUAAUCAAUCAGUUGGAUGGAUUCGACCCUCGUGGAAAUAUCAAAGUUCUUAUGGCAACAAACAGGCCGGAUACGCUGGAUCCAGCAUUAAUGCGACCUGGUCGAUUGGAUCGUAAAGUAGAGUUUGGUCUUCCAGAUUUGGAAGGACGAACGCAUAUUUUCAAAAUCCAUGCUCGCUCAAUGUCAGUUGAAAGAGACAUUCGUUUUGAAUUGCUUGCUCGCUUGUGUCCAAAUUCUACCGGUGCAGAAAUUCGUUCUGUUUGUACGGAAGCCGGCAUGUUUGCUAUUAGAGCUAGACGUAAGGUUGCAACAGAAAAAGAUUUCCUCGAGGCAGUGAAUAAAGUCAUUAAAAGCUACGCGAAGUUUAGCGCUACUCCGAGGUAUAUGACUUACAAUUGAUCGAUUUUCUUAACAAAUAUCAGUCUUGUAUCGCUUAAAUAAAAGUUUUAGA